UUGUUGGGGUUAGGAUAGAAUGAGCAUUUAAAUAAAAUUAAGAUCAUGGUGAUGUGAAGAAAACAAGGUUGGCGGUGUGUGUGUGUGGGCGUAGAAAAGUGUAAUUGGGCUAAUGGCAGCGAGUUUGAGUGUGAGUUGCGCAACUCAGUCCUGGAACUUACCCCUAAGACUACUGAGGCAGACUGGUUCUAGUAGACUUGGAAGUCGAUUACGGGUCUCAGCAGUAGAGAAUCAAAUGGCAACCCCUGAUGAUGAUGAUAAUGCUAAGCAACCAAGCACCAAGAAGAUGUCCAGCGUAAUCGACUCGCAUCUGCACGUUUGGGCUUCUCCUCAGGAGGCUGCAGACAAUUACCCCUAUUUUCCCGGCCAAGAACCCACCUUACCAGGUCAUGCUGACUAUUUGCUCCGGUGCAUGAAAGAAGCAGGGGUAGAUGGUGCACUCAUAGUGCAGCCCAUAAAUCACAAAUUUGAUCAUUCUUACGUGACAAGUGUGCUGAAGAAGUAUCCAUCCAAGUUUGUCGGUUGCUGCCUUGCAAAUCCAACUGAAGAUGGAAAAGGAAUUGAAGAGUUUGAGAAUCUUAUCUUGAAGGAUGGUUACCGCGCAGUACGUUUUAAUCCGUAUUUGUGGCCUUCUGGUCAACAGAUGACAAAUGACAUUGGGAAGGCUAUUUUCUCAAAAGCAGGAGAACUUGGAGUUCCAGUGGGUUUUAUGUGCAUGAAGGGUCUGAAUUUGCAUAUAUCAGAAAUUAAGGAACUGUGCAUGGAAUUUCCUAAAACAACUGUUUUGCUCGAUCAUCUGGCCUUCUGUAAACCACCAAUAUGCGUCUCAUCUUUCAGAAAUGACGAGGAAAGCAAACUCUUCUCUGAACUGCUAAAGUUGUCCCGAUUUCCGCAAGUUUACGUAAAAUUUAGCGCCUUGUUUCGAGUGUCGAGAAAUCCAUAUCCGUAUGAUGAUUUAUGCCAAGUUCUAUCCCAAGUAGUUUCCAGCUUCGGUGCAAACCGAGUCAUGUGGGGAAGUGACUUUCCUUACGUUGUCGCUGAGUGUGGCUACAAAGAAGCAAAAGAAGCUGCCUUUCGGCUUGCCCAACAAGUGCCCUUGUCAUCUUCAGAAAUGGAAUCAAUCAUGGGGAAUACGAUUCAGCGCGUAUUCAAAUCUCAGUGGUUUCGUUAGACGAUUGAGGUCAUCCUGGAAUUCAAAUGAGUAGCUACAUGCUCGUGUAAGGUUGUGUAGAGUCUUGUCUCAAGGAUAGAUCACGAGGUUUCCGAGCUGAACAGAUUGUGAUGAACUGUGAAGCGAUCUCAAACUGAUGAUACAGGACAUACUAAUCACAAAAUCUCUGUGCUUUGUCAUUAUUCUAUGUAAUAAUUCUAUAGAGGCUUUGGAAGCGUAUUGAAAAAAGUUCAAUCUGUAAACUUUCAUAUAAUAAAAGACGCGAUGCCUUUCA